UCAGUUACAAACAUAGUGAAAAAUCACGAUUCCCACAAUCCACCUCGUCAUGUGACGAAACACAAGCGGUUACGGAAGUGGGAGGGAGAAUCUGUCAGCAUGGCGGCCUUGGGGAGCCUGGUCAGGUUAUUUCAAAUGAAGCAGGCAACGUUUCCCGUCUGUGUGCAACAGAGGACCCUUGGCAUUUUAUCCCGCUCCUUAGGUAUCACAGAGACACAUUCCUCAUCAUGGUCUGCAGGCAGUGGCAUCCUGUCGAGAGCUUUGCCUUCCAACUGGUCACUGCUUCCAGUACGUACAAAGAAGAGGGGCAUGGAAUAUCAGCCAAAGUUCCUGAAGCGCAAGAGAACUCAUGGGUGGCUGAAGCGGAUCAGCACAAGGGGUGGAAUAGAAGUUAUCCUGAGACGGAUGUUGAAAGGAAGGAAAUCUUUGACAGUCUGAACCCAACCUGAGAGAGAUGCUUUACCUAUGCUGGUUGCAUACAUAAUAAAUGUGUUUUAUAUUUA